GAUAGAGUGAGUGGUAGAAAAGGAAGGCAGUGACGCAGCAGUUGCCACAGUAACACCUGUUUGAAAGAGCUGCGAAAACAAAAGAACAACUGCUAAGAAUCGCCGCAAAAUCAGACACAUCUGAACAAAAACGAGAAAUACUGUGAUGUUUUUACCUUCAGCAAACCAGGUGCAGCAAUGUUCUGGAUGGAUCUGAUGCUGGGAUUUGUGAGGGGGUGAACCAACAUUUGGCCUUGACUCAUCUCUCUCUCUCUCUCUCUCUCAAUUCCUCCAGUCAGCACUAAGCUGAUAUGACAAACUGUUGAAGUAACCGCGCCAGAGCAGAGCGAGCAGAGCAGAGCCGCGCUCCUCCUCAGAUCUCUCUCCCUCACCGUUUCAUUUCUUUCUCUUUUCCGAGGCACGGCUUGUUUUCUCAUAGUGAGCAGAAAAAAAAAGGAACCGUGCAGAACGAGCGAGCGCUUGAGCAGAGGAGUGUACAUUUCUGGAUGUUCUCAUUCGCGUAUGAAGAGCACCAUAUGGGCUUUUUUUUUUAAAUCGUUUCUUCCCGGUGGAUAGAUUGAGGACUAACCUCAGGACAGAUACGGACAUGGUAGCGUCAAGACGACCGUCAUCAACUCCAUCUCAAACAGGAAGGCGCUGGUGCUGAAGAGAACAGGACACCUAGAAGAGCGCCCAUGUGAAUUGUGUCCAGGCAGACAGAUUGGUCAAGAUGGCGUCCACAGGCACGCAGAUCUUCGGCUUUGUGCUGGCCUUGCUGGGCAUCCUGGGCAUCAUGGUGGCAACGCUGCUUCCUAACUGGAAGGUGAGCGCAGACGUGGGCUCGAGCAUCAUCACCGUCAUCUCACAGAUGCAGGGCCUGUGGAUGGACUGCACCUGGUACAGCACGGGAAUGUUCAGCUGCACGCUCAAGUACUCCGUACUGGCACUUCCUGCAUACCUGCAGACGGCACGCACUACCAUGGUGCUGUCCUGCGUCCUGGCUGCGCUCGGGCUCUGCCUGGCGUCGCUCGGACUUAAGUGCACGCACUGGGGUGGCGGUAGGAGAGCAAAACGUCACGCUGCACUGGGGGCUGGAGCCUGCUUCGUAGCCUCUGGGUUCUUGUGUCUGGUGCCUGCGUCUUGGUACACCAACGAGGUCAUCUCCAGCUUUUUGGAUGCCAAUGUACCUGAGAGCAACAAGUUUGAACCGGGCGGUGCGAUCUAUGUCGCGUUCGUGUCGUCUGGUUUGCUUUUGGCAAGCGGUUUCAUCUUCUGCCUGUCGUGUCCAGGCAAGCGACAUGGACCUCAGGAUCUCGUCCUGCUGCCUCCGGAUAAACUCUUACUCCAGCAGCAGCAGCAGCUCCUCCAGCAGCAGCAUUUAGACCAGCUCCAGCACCAGUACUGCACUCUCUCACCUCUGGAUAAUAAGACGGGUUACAGUCUGCAGGACUACGUGUAACGGAAACAAUGACUUCGACACACUUGUCCUCUCUUUCUCCUCUUCUACAAGCACAAAAUGGCAGAGGAAUUCCCAAAGUUUUAGCAAGGACAAGUCGUGCACAAACUGAUGAGCGAUGUCGGAGUGAGCAGACAACAAAUAAAACGCAGAUCUCCUGUAUAUGAGCAUUUCCAGGGGAGUGGAUUAGUUAGACUGAAAUCCCCUCCAGACAUAACUAGGGGUGCAUCGAUACCGAAUAACAAGCAAAUGCCUUAGUAUCAACCAACA